AUGGGCGUUGUACGUGUGCAUACGAACGUCUCUUCAGUCGUGUUGCGGGUCCCUUAUUCUGCACGAGUUUUGCAUGGUGCGCUGACAUUCGAUGCCGAUAAACUUUUAUUUCAGGCUCCUAUCGGGCCUUACGGAGAGAAAGUACCAGAAGGCGAGCAUAUGGUUCGACGGACGUUUGAGAUUACGAACACGUUUAGUCAAGACGUGAUACUGAGCUCUUGGCGAGUUCCGCAAUCGAUGGACCGAGCAUUUCCAAUCAGUGGAAUUUCGGAUGUGAGGGGUUCGGUCAUCAAAGCAGGGGGAUCGAUAGCGGUGACUUUGGAUUUUCAGCCCAGAUAUUAUGGCGCGGCAAUGUCUACGACUUUGCGGAUACUACACAAUAACACGCGCACAGGCACGCGCGUUCCCAUAGUCAUCUACAGCGGAGAGCUCACAGUUCAGAGUAACGUUGAUUUCGGCGUGAUGGGCGUUGGACUGAGACGCAAGGUGCACGUCAAGUUCAUAAACCACAAUCCUAUCCCAGUCGAGGUACAUACUAUGAAAAUUACAGGAACGAGGAGUAUAACGGGAACGACGUUCUCGUUGCGAGCUGACUCAAAGAGCGAGGUGUACGCUGAGGACGUCUUCGAUAUUGAUAGCUGCAUCGAACUUUCAGGUAAUGUGUGUACGCAAGUCGUGAAAGGUAGACUUGAACCGGAUGGUGUGCUAGAAAUAAGGUUGACGGCGGCCCCGUUAGCUGGCGAAAAUCUAGGAGACGGAGGUGCUGAACUCAGUCUAGCGACGAGCCUUGGCGUCGUGACGACGACACAGUUAAACUUAGUGGCUACGAAUGGUAAGGUGUUCAGUGAAGAUCAAGAUAUCCAAAUAGAAUUGCCAAUCACAGAAUUAUACGGCAAAAAGGGCGGAACAAUCAGGCGUGAAGUUACGGUGCACAGCACUCACGAAGUGCCAGUCUCGGUGUCGGGCUUUCUUGAGACAGAGUCAGAGAUUUUGGAGUUUGAGAGCGCCUUGGAAAUCUCGGUACCGGCGGAGAAAUCUGCAUCGAUCGGCGAGAUCUUGUUCAGUACUAAUCGACAAGCUAAUGAGCUAGCCAGCUUUGCGAAUUCCGACGCAGAUGAGCUGGAAGCGUCAUUGUCCAAAUUUGACGUUAAUAGGUUGGAGAAGCUACAAAGAUCAAUGAAUCGCCUAGCAGAAGACGGCGCUUUAAUGGCGUUAGGGAGGCUCGUGUUCUCAUCUGAAGCGCAAAAUGGACAUCAGACGGUUAAUAUUCAAGCACAGUUGACGUAUCCCAGAUUUUUGGAAAUUCAAUCCAAGAAGAUGGACCAUGUCGCCAACUCGGAGCACAUCACGGUGAUAUCCAAAGAUACUGCGAAUACAAUCAGCGUCACAAACUUGUCAAAAAUGCGCACACUGUGCUUUCGCGUGCUUCCACUUUUAGCACAUUCGGUGCGUACCACGCGCUGGAGCGAACAGAAGGCGGUGAAACGUGACGAGACGCUCUUGCAAACAAACAUCAAAGCAGCCCGUGCUUACGCAAGCGUGGACGAAGAGAACCUUCGCGAGACGCCGAGUCAUCCUGGCUUUGUGUCCAAGUACCUCGUUGAUCGCAAGGGAGCGUGUCUCAGGCCUGAGGAAAAACAGGACAUUCUCACGAUUGUAUUCGAUCCACGCUUACGAAUGAGAACUUACACCGCUUCGGUGUGCAUCAAGAACACUGAAACGUUUAUUGAGUGUGUGGAGCUGAUGGGCUACUCAAGCACCUCAGUUGUCGAGACUGGAACGAGAACGGAAACACAAAUUUACGUUCGUGUAGCCGUGGCGAUUGGAUGUGUUGCGGUCGUCUACUUGACGGCAUCGCGCAGAGAUUCAUGGUUAGAAUCCCCCUCUGCGUCUCCUCAUGGAUUUGAUCACAACACGAGUUUCAGUAACCCCAUAACGCACGCGAGUCCAUCGAAGAAGGCGCAAAAGUCCAAUGUAAAGGUUGUAUCUCCGCCGAGCUCACAGGACUCAUCGGAUUCAGAGAUGGGGGCUCCUCCAGAGGUGAGAAUGUUGAGUGCGGAAUCACCGGCGCGCCAGAGUGAUGAUUCCGCAUUGAUGGAGCACCGCCAUGUCGAGACAGUCGUAAAGUUAGAUCGAACACGAAAGAAAGUGGAGCAACUUGGUGUCAAUACGGAUAAGCGCGAGGCGGUCCGUCGCGGGGGGCGCCCAGAACGGAUGUCAAAACACGAAAAAGAGGUGCGGUUGCAGAAGGCACGCCAAGCUAAGGACGAAGAACGUGAAGCCGACACCAAACCGGAGCACCCACCUGGACCAGCGCUAGAUGCAGGCGCUGUGGUGCUGGCACCGACUGAGCCCUCACGGGUGCAAGUGCAUCCACCCCGCUCCGUGAUGCGUCAACACACUUUGUCGACCGUCUCGUCUGAAAAACCUCACGAAGUAAACGAAGACCAAUACGGAACUCCAGAAGCGCUUUUUGACAUGUACAACAACAUGUUUGCAGAGGUUUUGCCUGCUCACCCACCGUCGCGUCAGACGGCCUCGAUGUUUCGUGCGCAAGCGAGUGCGCCAGAGUACGUCUCACCGCCCAACAGUGUGCGAUCGUUCGCCACUCCACCGGGCAGUGUGGCCGACUAUGACAUGUUUACUGCGCCGGCUCCGGCUGGAACCACUGGUUUGCACAUGGGGAACCUCUUCAGUUUCCGAGGCGGUGAAGCGGCGCCGGCCGACACAUCGCUUCGUUCGCAACAAUCUACUUCUCCCGGCAUGCUGUCUCCAGCGGAUUCGAUGGGUCGAUCGGGCUGGAGAACGAUGCUUUCGGAGUGGGAGGAGAGGCAAGACCGUGAAGUAGAUCAGAGUCGCCACAACCGAAGUCAAAACCAUAGCAACGACUCGUUUUCGCAGUAA